AUGGGAAAUAGACGUGAAUGGAUAAUAGUACAUUAUCAUUCAUUUUAUAAUCCAUAUUGUUUAUUUGAACUUGAAAUUCGAUGGCUUGUAGCUACAUCAUGUACACUUGGAGAUUUGAUUACUCAGUGGUCACAACGCACAGGAACAAUGCCUGAUUCAAAUCAAGUUGCAUUUCAUCUUGUACCAAUUCCAUGUGAUUCAUUUGCUGAAUUUGAUGCACUUAUGAAUAUACAGAAAUAUAUUUCUUCAAAUUUUAUCAUUGUUUAUAUUCAAUAUAAGAUUUACAAGUACUAA